GAUACUAAGGACGACUUCGAAGCCCGAUUCUUCAGUACAUUCACUGCACUGCCUCCUGCCUUACAUCUGCCCUUCCUGAAGAUAGUUGCCUAUUCCAGGGCGUGACCCUGAAAACAGAUCGUAAAAUCCGGUCACCCACGACAAGAUGCCGUUUUUAUCGACAGCAGAAGAAAGCUUGUUCCAACUGAAUUCAGCCCAGUUCGACUUCAACGUUGAAUUCGAGCAGCUGUUCUUCUCCAUCAUUCCAUCAACCGUAUUCAUUGUUGCGUCACUAUGGCGAAUGGUCUCCCAGUUCCAGAAGCCUACUGUGGUGAACGCCCCCGUAUUUCGUCUAAUCAAACUGGGCGCUAUCUUAGCCUAUGCCGGGCUCGAACUUUCACUUGUCAUCGUAAUGGCUGUGGGCUCACUCCAGGCCACUCGCCUCUUCGUAGCUGCCUCCACAUUGAAACUUGUCGCAGCGUCAGUAAUGGUGUUUCUAAGCUUUGUAGAUCAUAGCAAAAGCCGAAGGCCAUCAGUCCUGCUUAGCAGCUACGUCGUGCUUACGCUGCUACUUGACGCAGCGCAGGCCAGAACGCUGUUUUUGUUAUCAGAUAGAGGAAUUGAAAUUGCUUGGAGCAGCAUAUUUGUUACCGCACUCAGUCUUAAAUGUGGCAUUUUAUUUUUAGAAGCCCAGGGAAAGUCAAAAUGGAUAAAUUGGGACCAAAAGGAGCACAGUCCUGAAGAGACAAGUGGGAUCUUUUCACUCGGCGUUUUCUUCUGGCUCAACAAGAUUUUCUUAAGGGGGUACAGGCAGAUCUUGACAAUCAAGGACCUUUACCCGCUCGACAGUGAGAUGCAGGGCGAGUUGCUCCACCAGCAAUUUCAAAGACAAAUGGAAUGUUCUAAAUUAAGAGGAGAUAGAUUUGGGCUCUUAAAGGCGUUGAUCUCUACGCUCAAAGGACGACUACUACUUCCAGUUCUUCCAAGGCUAGCGCAGCUUGGUUUUCAAAUAUGCCAGCCAUUCUUCAUCGAAAAUCUGGUGGAGUAUUUAGGGAGGCCUGAAGGUGUCGAAGAGAACAUUGGCUACGGCUUCAUUGGUGCGAGUGUACUUAUUUAUUCGGGUAUAGCCAUCUCCGUGGCUCUUUGUUGGUAUUUUCAUCAUAGGACUCGUAUCAUGACGAGAGCAAUCUUGGUGACCGAGAUAUACAACAAAGCGACUCAAGUCCACAUUGGAGCUGGCGACAAUAGCGCUGCUGUAACGUUGAUGAGCACAGACAUUGAGCGAAUCAUCUACGGUAUGAGGACCUUACACGAUGUUUGGGCUUGUGUUCUCCAAGUUGCUAUUGCCGGGUGCAUGGCAUUCCGCCAUCUCGGCCCAAUAUUUGCGGUGAGCAUGGGAGUUGUCAUAAUUUGCACGGCUUGCUUGGGAUAUCUCCUCAAGUUUACUGGAAGUGCGCAGAGAGCCUGGAUGCUGAAAGUUGAGAAGCGAGUCGGCAUGACUGCAACAGUCAUCGCCGGCAUGAGAAACUUGAAAUUAUCUGGACUAUCGACUGCAGCUAGCGACUUUUUGCAGCAGCUUCGGACCGAAGAGCUAGUAGCCGGAUCGACUUUUCGAAAGAUUACUAUUCUGGCCGCUUUGUUCGGAUUCGUUCCGUUUUUCCUUAGUCCGGCACUGACUUUCGCCUUCGCUCAGAGGCAGUUGGAUGCCGCUAGAAUAUUUUCUAGUCUAUCAUGGCUUCUCCUGCUAACCAACCCCCUGGGACAGAUAUUUCAGGCUAUACCCCAGAUAACUGCUGGUUUGGUCUGCAUCGGUCGCAUACAAACUUUCUUGAAGUCUGAAAGCAACGUCGAUUAUCGUCGACUUUCCAACCCCGGUCGAGAGGGUUCAGAGAAAGCACCGACUGUUCAUGAUACCGAAUCAAGGUUCAGUAAUCUAUUUAUUAUCAGAGAUGGCAAGUUCGGCUGGGAACGAGAUAAGCCCGUACUCAAAGACGUCAACGUUGAAAUCCCAAAGUCUUCGCUCACCAUGGUUGUUGGACCCGUCGGAUCAGGGAAGUCUACAUUUUGCAAGGCUCUGCUAGGCGAACUUAUCUACAGCGAAGGCAGUGUAGAGCUCAGUGAGAGGGUUCACCACGUCGGAUUCUGUGAGCAAACUGCAUUCCUUUUCAAUGGAUCUAUCCGUGAGAACAUUGUUGGUUAUUCCCUGUUCGAUCAAGACAGAUACUCCGAGAUUAUCGAUGCAACGGCUUUGAGCGUGGAUCUUACGUUGCUCCCGCAAGGCGACCAUACCAUUAUCGGAUCUGAUGGUAUUACCCUUUCCGGGGGUCAAAAGCAACGCGUAUCGCUCGCGCGAGCUCUGUACCUUCAAGCUGAUUUACUCGUCCUUGAUGAUGUCUUUAGCGGUCUAGACGCGGAUACCGAAACGCAUGUCUUCGAAGAAGUAUUUGGACCGCGUGGGAUUCUCGCGCAUCGACACUCGACGGUUGUGCUAUGUACGCACAGCAUAAGACACUUACAUACGGCUGAUCACAUCAUAGCUCUGGGAAAUGAAACAGUUAUCGAAAAAGGAAGCUUCAAAGAUCUCAUGGAAAGCGCAGGUUAUGUACAGAGUCUUGGCCUGACAAGCUCUGAUAGCGAAACUUCGUCUCAAGAUAAGAUAUUAGAAGGGGAAGCGUCCAACCCGAAGCCCAGAUACGGUGUCAUCAAACCACAAAGUGAGAUAUCUAGUCUUAUGUCAAACGCUGAUCAGGCGCGACAAAUGGGAGACAAGACGAUCUACAAGAAAUAUGUCAAGGCAAUGGGGAUCCCUGCAGCGGCAUCUGCUUUGGGCUUUGCCGUUCUUUGGGGUUUCUUUACCAAUUUUCCAACAGUCUGGCUAAACUACUGGACCGAGGACAUAUAUUCGGCGUAUCCGAGACACUCGUUCGCCUUUUACGCAGGAAUAUAUGGAGUCUUCCAAAUCUGCGCCAUGGUUUCAUUAUUACUGCUCGGCAUUGUCAUUUUCAUCACAUCCGUGAAUAAGGUCGGAGCCAACCUUCAUCAGGACGCGCUGUGGACGCUUUUCCGAGCAACAUUACGUUUCUUCACGAAGACUGACACGGGCGUUAUCACCAAUUUGUUUUCGCAAGAUCUCAACUUAAUAGAUACAGAACUGCCGACUGCGCUUCUGAACACUUUAUUCUGCGUAUUUCAAGCACUCGGACAAGCUGCUGUUAUGCUCACUUCGUCACCAUACCUAGCAAUAAGCUACCCAUUUCUUGGGGUUCUGCUAUACAUUUUAUCGAAGUACUAUCUAUGUACCUCUAGACAAAUCAGACUUCUUGAUCUGGAAGCCAAAAGUCCUCUGUACACACACUUCAUUGAUACACUUAAAGGUAUCGCUACAUUAAGAGCUUCUGGCUUUCUCUCUAAAGAGCUUGAGAAGAACGCCCGACUCAUCGACGCGAGCCAACGCCCAGCCUAUUUCCUACUGAUGAUUCAGCAAUGGUUGAAUUGCGUCGUCGACGUCGUGGUCAUGAUUAUGGCAGUAGUCCUCACCACGCUUGCUGUGCAACUACGUUCUCAUUCUGGGUUCACGGGCGCAUCAUUGGUUUCUCUCAUGCAGUUCGGCGAGAGUCUAUCGGGGAUCGUCAUCUUCUACACUCAGCUGGAGACUUCACUUGGCGCGAUUGGGAGAUUGAAGAAUUUCGAUGAGACAGUAAUGCCGGAGGGUAAUCAGGAUGAAAAUGUCGUGCCUGCUGAGCAAUGGCCGCACAACGGUCACAUCGAGUUCAAGGGCGUAUCUGCAAGCUACAACAUCGAUGAAAGGUCAGAAGAUAAACUUGACCUGGCCAUUAAAAAUGUCAAACUUGAGAUACAGCCAGGCGAAAAAGUUGCUAUUUGCGGCCGCAGCGGCAGCGGCAAGUCAAGUCUCAUUGCCCUUCUCCUCAAACUCCUCGAUCCAACGUCCGAAACCAAAAGCAAUAUUGUGAUCGAUGACCAAGCACUUCAGUACAUCGACCGCACGGCUCUUCGCCAGCGCCUCAUUGCUAUCCCACAAGAACCCGUCUUUCUGCCUGACGGCACGACAUUCUACACCAACAUUGACCCAUUCAAGGUUUCUACGCCUACUGAGUGCCAAGGUGUCCUUGAAGCCUUGAAUUUGUGGCACUUUGUUACGCAGCGAGGUGGCAUUAACGCGAGCAUGAGUGCCAGCACUCUCAGCGCAGGCCAACGCCAGCUCAUGUCCCUUAGUCGCGCUUUACUACGCCGCCGCGUACUGGAACGAAGCCGCAGUGGCAACUUCCAGUCUCCAAAAGGCGGCAUCCUUCUACUUGACGAAGUGAGCUCGAGCGUUGACCACGAGACGGAGCGUCUUAUGCAAGAUGUUAUUAGCUCAGAAUUCAAACACUACACCGUCGUGGCGGUGAGCCAUCGUUUAGACAUGGUCAUGGACUUUGACCGCGUUGUGGUUAUGGAUACGGGGGAGAUUGUGGAGGUGGGCAAGCCGAGGGUGUUAGCAGAAGAGGAAGGGUCGAGGUUUCAGAUGUUAGCAAAGGCUGCUGCCAAGUAG